CUUAAGAAAGAUCUUAUUCGAUUCCUAUAAGUAAAAUUGAAGAUAAAUCGAGUGAUUCGAGUAGAAAAUGUGCGAACCGAGCUUUCUCAACCCAUCACUAUUAUGCAGCGUACUGGAACUGAACUGAACGAAUUCUUGAAGAUAAAGAAUUGCUCGUAGUUGUGUACAUUUGUAUUUGUAUGGUGUCUUCAUUAUAAAUUAGAUUAAAGUGAAGAUAUUACAGUAAAGUGGAAAACCGUGCACAGUCUUACAAUGAUAGAACAGAGCUGACGUAAUGAAACACAAAUUUGAUUACUAAAAGUCAUGUUAUGAUUUCUACCAUUGCUUUCGAAUAAUUUCGUAACACUGCAAUAAAUGGGCUUUUAAACAUUAAAAUGUACGGAAUAAACGGAUCCGAUUUUCCCCCAGUUACUGAGGAUACCUUUUGUAAAUAUGUGUUAUAUUACGAGAUAAACAAUUCGAGGGUCCGGAUUUGGGAUUUAAUAAUUUUGAUACCGAAUGCUUUAUUUGUGCUGUUCUUAGUGGUAAGGUUUAACAAGGCCCAGUUAAAAUUACGUGCUACAAGCAGUCCUAUAUUUUUGACGUUUUACUCGCUGGUGUGGGGCAAUGUGAUUAUCAGCUUAAUACGAUGCGGUGUGUCAAUGACUGUAAAUGCUUCUAUGCCAUUCGGUGGUCUGGUAGACAAGAUCUUAUGGGUUACUGUGAGAUUUUUUCUCUUAGCAACAGAAAUGAGUGUUGUAAUAUUUGGAUUGGCUUUUGGGCAUAUGGACAGCCGAAGCAGUAUCAGAUAUGUCCUACUGGCGACAUCAUUUAUAUCACUUGCCUUUACAAUAACACAAGGAACACUGGAAAUUGUAAUGCCAGAUGAUAUAUUCCACAUUGAUACCAGAGACUAUGAUCUCUUUGGACAUGGUGGAAUGCUAUUCUGGUUUACAUCAUCAUUAGUGUUUGCAAUAAUUUACUUUAUAAUACUCUUGCUACCAUGGAUUCCUCUUCGAGAAUAUUUAGCCUUGCCAACGAAACUCUCAUUUUAUUUAUAUAUACUUCUACUGGCAUUGUUGGAUACAACUCAAGCAGUAGGUGCGGGGCUACUGGCGUGGGGCUCUAUGCAAUCGGGAUUGUGUGUUGUUGAUGUCACAACUUGGCUCUAUUUCUCUCUCUACACUCCAUUGGUGUAUCACACAUUCCUCAGCGAAUUUUUUAGUGUAUCACAGCCGAGCAUUAUGUUCUCCUACAAGGCUCAAAUGGAUGAACCAAUGGAAGAUGAUCAGGUCUCGUUACCCCACCAGCAGAGUUUCAGUUCGCUCAAGACAGAUUCUGAUUAUAUCUAUCAGCAGAGUAACAGUGUAUAUGAUAGUACACUAUUUGAGGCAGGAGGUACUACGCCGAUGAACCCGGUGUACAGUGCAUCACUGCAAAGUCCCGAUUCGAUAGUCUCCGGACAAUCUAUAGAGACAGGGCCCCCGCCUGCCUUCCAUACACAACAUAUACCAUCAACAUAACAAUAAUACACAGGUAAUCGAAACUUCAUACAUCCAAAGAACUACAUUACUAAUUUUAGAAUUAAACAUCGACAAAUCGAGCAAUUUUCAAAAUAUUUAAAUGCAUAGAUAAUUAAAUCCUCAGUAUAUUGGAUCAAUAGCGCUAAAAUAUACAAACAAUGAUAUUAAUGAUUUGUUAUUGAACGAAAUAAAUGUUUUUAUCGAGUUGUGAUUUAAGAAUAAAUUUUAAUAAAUAAUAAUUGACAGGAAUUUACUCCAAAAGAAUUUUGAUAAAAACAAUUUUUUUUUCAAUAACACUACAAAAUAAGAAGAAAUAGAGAUAGCGAGGAGGCAGAUAGAUUAUUAUGGAAAACAAAUCUGUGAAACAAUGCAAAUGCAUGAAAAUAGUGAUGAAAUUAUUCCAUGAUGAUACUUAUCUAUGUGUUUAAAUAUAAAAUGCAUUAGUUGUUUGUCUAACAUAGUGUCUAAAGUUAAGGUAUUGAACGAAUUACAUCCAAUGCGUAUAUUAAAGAAUUUUGUUGCACCUCAAUUUCAAAUAGUUUUCUUGUGAUAUGGCACCAGUGAUCAACUAACUUGAGACUGUAUCCAUUUCUGCUUUAAUAUAGUGUUAUGCAAUGGAUCCAUCCAUCCGAGUUUCAUAUUAGGGUAAAGCUGUAACAGCUAUCCAUAUUUGUAAAUACAGAUAGCAAAAAAAGAUAGCUCUACUGUUUUUUCCUUUGUCUUUCAAUUUAUUUAUAGCAUUUGGGUUGGAUUAUUAUAAGUUUGAUAUCAUAUGAUCCAACAUUGAUAAAGUUUUUAAUAUCUUUUGUAUAGUCAGAGAUUUGUUUGGCCCGGUAGGUAAAUGUAAAUCUAACGGAGCAAUCUUGUCAUGUAUCGUUUUCUAUGUUUAAAGAUAGUUCAUGAGAAAAUUAACCUCAACAACAGCACCACUAAUGCUGGGCCAGAAAGUUUUUGAGACUAUAGAAAUACAAUUUAACAAGAAAAACAUAAAAAAAAAACGGAACAUUUUAAGAAAAAAAAUUAUUAAUGAUUUAUUUGUAGAUCAUACACUUUUUUUUCAAAAUCAUAAUUUAUAGGUCAAUUACUGUACAAGUGUGGAUCAUAUUAACAUUUAUUUUAUUUGGUCACUGUAUAUUAAUAGAUGUAUUACAAAUUAUUUGUUAUUGCUGAUAUCUCCAGAAUUGUGUGCUUUGGUUAAUUUAUGAUUCAUAAUAAGAUAAAAAAAAACCACCUCAUUUAUCCCCAAAAUAUUGCAUUGAGGUUAUGUCGAUUAAUGUAGUUUGUAAACCAAUGUAUACUACAGUAUUUAUUGAAUUCAAUAAUUAUUAUCAUGAAAUGUAUACAGUUUUCACAUGUAUGUUACUAACGCAAGUUUAUUUAUGCAAUAUGUAACAAAGGUCCAUGUUGUGACUAAAUGUCAAUAACAUUGAUCUGUCAUAUAUGUUUAUCUCAUCUCCCUUUUAUUAAUAAAAUAAUAUUCAAAUAAGAAAUUAAUUCCGCUGGUAACAUAAAUUUUGAUCAAUACAAUUAUUACUGGCACUUGGGUAUUACAAGAAAUGAAACAUUUCAGCAAAGCUGAUGCUAUUUUAUGAUAUUAUUGACUUCAAUUCGUUUAUUUGUAUUCUGUGAUUAUUUGCCUAUAAUUAUGUUGUUAUUUUAUAAAUAUUUUAUAUUUUAAGAAAUAUCAGAUCUGAUGUGUUUGUAUUUUAAUCAUUUACUACGUAUUCUUUAGCUUUUUUGUACAUCAUUUGGUUGUUUAAUACACCUUGUAUGAGUAGUGGAUUGAUAUUGUUGAGGCUGUAGGUAUGAAGAUUAGUAAGAUCUAGAGCAUUAAGCUAAUUUAGAAGGGAAAGGUAAUUUGCGGGUUUGUGAAACUAUACUUGUAACAUCAGAAUUAACUACCACCAACCUUUACGUUUAUUUUGGUUGUUAUUAAUGAUUAUGUAAAAUUUAAUGAUUUUAGAUUUUUUUUCAAAUAAGCCGGGCUUAUUAUGUCUAGUCUUAUUUUUUUUUAAUAUUUUAAGCUGCUCGAUAUUAUGAUUUUUUUUUAAUUGGAACAAUUGUAUGUACUAAAAUAUUAAACGCCUCACUCAGAAUUGUUAACACUAUGAGAAUUUAAGUGGGAGAGUACAAAACUGUAUAUGUACUUGAUAAUCUACUUUCAGUGAGAUGUUUGUUAAAACUUGAGUUAUAUAAAUCUAAUAAAAAUAUCGCUUUAUCUUGAACAAUAUUACACUUACAGUGAGCAACGUCAAUUUAUCCUCAACAAUCAUAGCUGAAGACUACGUCAAUUUUCCUUAUGUUAUUGUGAUACCCUUAUACAUGGUGUAACUCACUCAUGUGUAGUUUGUUUUAAGUGAUACUUGGUUGGUGGCGUAUAUUUUUGUUAUAUUUUGUCUUAGUAAACUAUUAAAGUAAAUACUUUUACUGAAA